AUGAGAAAUAGAAAAAAGAAAAAGAUAGCUCAAUUGCAUGAAGAAAAGAUGACGAUCAUAAACAAGAUCAUAAAGAAUAAAGGAAUACAAAGAAAUUUGAAAUUUGAAGAAAAUAAACAAAAGCAUAAAAAGGAAUUAUGGAGAUUGGAUAUUUUGAUAAAGAUUUGA